CGGAGCGGCGGCGCGAUGCAGAAAGGCCUGAAGAAGUACUUCGUGAACAUGGACGAGUACCUGUGCAGCCUCGGCCUGUACCGGAAGAUGGUGGCACGCGAUGCGUCCAGCCUGUUCCGGGCCGUGUCCGAGCAGUUGUAUUUCUCUCAGAAUUACCAUCAGAAGAUCCGUCAGGACUGCGCUAACUUCAUGAGAGCCAAUAGAUGCAACUUUGAGCCGUUUGUUGAAGGCUCGUUUGAGAAAUACCUGGAACGUCUGGAGGAUCCAAAGGAGACGGUGGGUCAGGUGGAGAUCAAGGCUCUGUCUCAGCUGUACAGGCGCUGCUUCCUGAUCUACCGUUACCCGGGGAAACCAGCCACCAUCAUCUCGGAGGACGACUUUGUGGACAAGGUGACGCUGUGCUGCUCCAUCAAUGGUCACUAUGACAUUGUUUACCCAAGGAGUUACCCCGCCUCUGCCGCCCUCUGUCAGUCUCUUCUGUAUGAGCUGCUUUACACUCAGGUAUUUGGCUUUGAGGAGGCGGAGCUCUGCCAGGCCAUGGAGGCCUUCAGGGUCGGAGGUCGUCGCUAUAGAAACAGUCCAUCCAUGUGCAGUGAUGUUGACCUUGGAUAUGACACACCUGAGGACCGCGGGCACAGUGAGGAGGCGGAGCCAGGCGGACCCAUCGAGGAGAAACCACCAGCUGUGACGGAUGACUCAAAGCCUCCUGCAGAAGCUCCGCCCCCCUCCAGACUGUCUCUGCCCUACAAAGUGAUGAAGUCUCUGGACGGGGACGUUUACAGAAACCUGGAGUUCGAUGUGUGGCAGGACACCUGCAAAGAGAUGCAGAAGACGGACUACAUGGUGUUUGCAGGGAGGCAGUACUUCCUGGGAGACAAGUGUCAGGUGCGUCUGGAGCCGAAGGGCAAGUACUACAACGCCUUCAUCCAGGAAGUGGGAACGCACUCAUCCGCCGUCACGGUGUUCAUCGAGGAACUGGGCGAGAAACACCUGGUCCCUCUGACGGACCUCAAACCCGUGAAUCCGGUUCCCGCCUGGAAUGUGGCUGCGCCCUCCAGGAAAGGAGACCUCGACCCGGACUCUCGUGGUCAGCGGCAUCACCGCCAUCGCUACUUCAGGAAAUCUCGUGGGAUGAAGGGAACAGAGCUGCUAAUCCCACCUCCUCCUUCCUAUGGAGGCCCCGCCCCCUCGAGUCUGCCGCCUCGCUUCCAACCGGCGGGCCACCCCCGCCCACCCCCUCCUCCAUCACCUGGAGCUAUGACCUAUGACCCCUAUGCCCCCCCUCACCAUCACCAUCCCCCCCCAGCCCGAACACCACGCUACGGAGCCUCAAGAAGCUCCACCCGUUUCCUGAACCGUCACCUGAUUGGUACUCAGCUGACCUAUUACCAUCCUGGUCGCAGGUAUUAUCAGGACUACGAGAGCUUCACCUUCAGGUCCCGGCGCAGUCGGCGUCAGCUGGCGGCGGCUCUGAACAAAGAGUGUCAGUUUGGUUUUCCCGAGGCGGUGGAGGAGCCGGCCGAUCUGGACGCAGCCAUCUCGUACUACCAGCUCGAUGGCGACGGCGUCUUCCCUCCGCUGCCAGGCCCCACUGUGGCUCCUCCCCCCUCCAUUGGUGCCCCAGCCCCUCCCUCUGGCUCCUCCUAUAGAGUUCAGAGAGGCUCUGGGCCCCUCUCCCCUGCCCCCCCACCCAGAAACACUCCCGUGUGCUCGUCAGAGGAGGAGCAGGAGGACAUAAGCACAGUGGAGGACCAGGCCGAGUACACGGAGGACUUCAUCCUCAGUUCACAGGAUCAGAGUUUCCAGACCUCCGGAGUUUACAGCGCCACUGAGACCUCCACCAAUCAGGAUGAGCAGGAAGGAGGCGUGGCUGACUCUCCCACGAGAUCAGACGUGAACUUCAGCUACAGCCAGCAGGUAGUGAAGCCGCUGUCAGUCAUCUGCUCGUCUCCAUCUUCCUCUUCCUCCUCACCCUCCUCUUCCUCAUCACGGCUACCAGCAGCUGCUCACCUGCCGUCAGCCACACAUGCGCAGACACGCUCAGUUGCCAUGGCGAUCCCAGCUGCUUCUUCCUGGUUGGUUAAUGAGUUGGGUGAGCCGCUCUGCACUGUGGUAGCCCCGCCCCCUUAUUCAUAUGACCCUAAUGGAAGUGAUUUACCAAGAGACUGCAGAGUCCUCCAGUAUUACUUCAAUUUGGGCAUCCAGUGGUACCAUCAGAGCUGCUGGCAGCAACAGCAGCAGGUGUAUCCCGCCUCCUCACCUGAGACUGCCUACCCCUACCAGCCCUACACGCCCUACCUGGGCCAGGAGCCCCCUCUGCACGCUGCCUCCCAGCCGUUCUCUGAGACUGGGCGGAUCUCCCAUCAGCCUGCCAACUCCUACCCAGAAUCCUCCAGGUCUGCAGAUGGACAGACAGAGGGACACAACGGCGGUGUCUCCAUGGAAAGCUCCUCCUCCAUCAGUCCUACUCCUCCAGGCUCCGCCCCCUCCUCUGCUCUCCUCUACCCAGAUCAGUCGCCCCUCCCUCCUCCUCUCCCACUGCUCCACCUGCCAUAUGAAGCUCCACCCCCAAGCACCUACCUGACUACAGCCCCUGCACCUCCUCUUCCACAUCCCGCCCACCACCCUCACCACUCUUCCUACCACCCGUGCCUCCCUUCCUCUGUCCACUGGGGGCCAAUAUCGACUGGAGGCCACGCCCCACGACUCUACUGCCCUGCCCCCAACCCUUCUCACGUUGUUGGAUACAUUGCUGCCCCGUCCCCUCACCACACAGCCACACACUACAUCCCACCCACUAUGUAACGUGCAUAUUAGCUCAAGGCUAAAACCCCUUUUGUUUUGAAUUAGUGGUAACAUUAUUAUGAACACUUUUCCUGCAGCAAGACUUUCAAAAUUAAAGUUAGGAUUUAAAGGUAAAUAUUGGCUGGAUGUUAAUGGAUGUUGCUGUUGGUUAAAAUUCAUGUUGUGACAGCCAAUAUGAGGUGGUGGGUGUGACCAGUCCCUAUUUGUGGAGGGAUCUCUUUGUGUUGAUGUUUUGUUGUUUGGGUUUUGGGUGAAUAAAGUUUGUUU